UUGUCCGGAGCUAAUCACUGAACUAACUCAGAACCUCAGUGACCACACGCUGGUGGACUGCCGGCUUUUGUCAGACAUCUCCAAAACGAAGAAACUUCAGCCAGAGACAUGUUGUUAUGUGGGUUAUUUUAAAAGUUAUUUUUAGGUAUUAUUUACAUAUUUAUAAACAAACCACUUCUUCCAUAUUCUGCCAUGUAGCCGGUGAAGUUGAUUCUGCAGCAGCUGACAAUCAGGAUUCGCCGCUGCUGGUACUUUUAUUGACGAGUUGUGAGAAAGAGCUGGAUUUCUGCGGUAAAUCUACGCUGACACAUCAUCCAUCUGUCCAGGACGCUUUUUAAGUUUUCACAAUGACAGAGCGGACCCCACUCCUUCACUACCGCCUCUUUUCCAGCGUUAAUGAAUCUGAUCAGCGGGCUGUUCCUGCCCGGGAGGCCCCAGAGCAACUCCCGGGCAGCCCGGGGCAGAGGUCGGCCCAACAGCGGCAACCGAAGAAACUGUCCGUGUUCUUCGGGGUGGUGGUUCCGACCCUGCUGUCCAUGUUCAGCGUGGUGGUCUUUCUGAGAAUAGGAUUUGUGGUGGGACAGUCUGGACUGUACCAAGCCAUCACUAUGUUCUUGGUGGCGUACUUCAUUAUCUUUAUGACAGUGCUGUCAGUGUGCGCCAUCUCAACCAACGGAGCCCUGGAUGCUGGAGGAGCCUAUUACAUGAUCAGCCGAGCGUUGGGUCCAGAGUUCGGCGGCAGCAUCGGCCUCAUGUUCUUCCUGGCCAACGUGUGUGGCAGCGCCCUCUAUGUGCUGGGUCUGGUUGAAGCCAUCUUGGCCACAUUUGGAGUCCCAGAGGACGGCACUGUGGCCACGUCUUCCUCCCAGAUCCUGCCGUCAGGUUACUGGUGGUCUCUGCUGUACGCCACCGGCAUCUCCCUGCUGUGCCUUCUGGUGUGUCUGGUGGGAGCCCACAUCUACGCAAAGGCCACCUUCAUCAUCUUCCUGGUGGUCAUGUUUGUCCUGGGCACCGUCUUCGUCAGUUUCUUUGCAGUAAGGCCUCGAACCAUCGUGCUGCCGAGCUCUGCGUUUUUCAACCCAACGGCCAACGGGACGGGCCCGAGCUUUCCCACCACGGCCAACUUUACUGGUUUCAAGCUGGACACGCUGCUUGGGAACCUGCGGGCCGACUACACCAUAGAUUACACAACAGGAACAAUGAUGACCUUCGCCACGGUGUUUGCUGUGAUGUUCAACGGCUGCACAGGCAUCAUGGCGGGUUCUAACAUGUCAGGUGACCUGAAGAAUCCCAGCUACUCCAUCCCCCGCGGCACCAUCACCGCUGUCAUCAUCACCUUCAUCAUCUACAACUUGCUCAGUGUUCUUCUGGCCUGCUCCUGUGAUCGCAUCCUCCUCCAGAGGGAUUACAGUUUCCUGAGGGACAUCAACAUCUGGCAUCCCUUCGUCAUCAUCGGGGUUUAUUCCUCCACUUUUUCAGCUGCUAUGAGCAAUCUGAUCGGAGCCUCGCGGAUCCUCUACGCCCUAGCCAGGGAUGACUUGAUUGGUAAGGUGUUGUCUCCAGCCAAGAAGACGUCCCGCAGUGGUAACCCCUGGGUCUCUGUGCUCAUCUCCUGGUUCCUUGUGCAGUUGGUGCUGUUUGCAGGGAAGCUGAACACCAUCGCCAGCAUUGUGACCAUCUUCUUCCUGUUGGUCUACGCGGCCGUGGACUUGGCUUGCCUCGCUCUGGAAUGGGCCUCUGCACCUAAUUUCAGGCCCACCUUUCGGUACUUCACGUGGCACACGUGUGUGUUGGGUAUCAUCGGUUGCGCCAUCAUGAUGUUCCUGAUCAACGCCAUCUACGCCUCAGCCAGCAUCGCCUUUAUGCUGCUUCUGCUCCUGCUGAUUCACUACCUCAGCCCCACCUCCAGCUGGGGAUACAUCAGCCAGGCUCUCAUUUUCCACCAGGUGCGUAAAUACCUGCUGAUGCUAGACGUGAGGAAGGACCACGUCAAGUUCUGGAGGCCUCAAGUCCUUCUAAUGGUUUCCAACCCUCGCAGCAGUGUGGGCCUCAUCACCUUUAUCAACGACAUCAAGAAGAGCGGCCUCUAUGUGCUGGGACACGUUCAUCUAGGAGACCUUGACACGUUACCAUCUGACCCCCUGCAGUCCCAGUAUGACUCCUGGUUGUCCCUGGUGGACCAUCUAAACAUCAAAGCCUUUGUCAACCUGACGCUGGCAGACUCUGUUCGUCAUGGUGUCCAGCAUCUCCUUUUCAUCUCAGGACUGGGUGGAAUGCGUCCCAACACCUUGGUUCUUGGUUUCUAUGACGACUGUCUUCCAGAGGACAGGCUGAUAAAUCCCUUCCAGUCUUCCAUCCAGUCCUCAGACCCCCUGAGCUUCUCUCAGGAGCUGGAGCAGCCUCCUCUCUUCCACUUUUCCUCCCUACGAGGGUCCAGUGACAGACCAGAUGGUGGUGAAUUUGGGGAUGGGAAGGUUUUAGGGCCUCAGGAGUACGUGGCGGUCAUUUCUGACGCCAUGAAGAUGCUAAAAAACGUGGUGCUAGCUCGAUACUUCAACAGCUUUGACCGAGCACAGGUCCUCUCGCCACCACCCUCGUCUUCAGGGAAGGGGGUUGUGUUUGUUGACGUCUGGCCGGUGAACCUCCUGCGCCCAGACAGCUGCAACUACGUGGACACCUGUUCUCUGUUCCUGCUGCAACUGGCGUGCAUCCUCAACAUGGUGAGAGCCUGGAGGAAAGCGACGCUGCGUCUCUUCCUGUGUGUGGAAGAUGGGCGGAGCGUCAGGGCCUCCGAGCAGAAGCUGGGCCAGCUGCUGAAAGAUCUGAGGAUCAAAGCUCACGUCUGCUCCGUGCCCUGGGACCAAGUAGCGGCGCUACACUGGCAGCGUCAAGGCAACUGGAGCAAGAAGCAGCCGUCUCCAGAUGCCACCACCGACGAGAAGACGGCGAGGGCCGAUGAUCAGGAGAGUGAAGACGACUAUGUCAACAGCUUUCCGAGCAAUGCCACUCGUCUGUCUGAUGACUACCUGUCAGCUGUCAACAGGGUGAUCCUGGAUCAGGCCCGGCCUCCUCCGGCUGUACGUUUCCUGUACCUGCCGCGGCCCCCAGCCGACACACGCCGCUACACUUCCUAUUUACACCAGCUGGAGCUGCUGACUCGUGACUUGGGCCCGACGCUCCUAAUCCACGGUGUCACGCCCGUCAUCACCACAGACCUCUGACCUCAGACAUGUUCAGUGUGACCUCACGCCACCACCAAGAGUCAAACGUCUCCUCACUUAACUUUUUCUUUUUUUUAUCUAUGCUCCUAACUUCCAGCAAAUUUUCCUGAUAACACUGCUGGUUGAUUCCUCGAAUCACACAGUGCCUUGUUGAUCAGCAGCCUUAUUGAUCAAUAAUAGCAGAGGUGCUGCUCCUGAAUGAACUUGAAGGUUUUAUCCCAAAAUUUCAUGUUGGAUCUCAUGGUGACAUUCCUUUAACUCUGUUUAUCCAAGUGCACUUAUUUCCUUCCUCUGACAUACUGCAUGUCAUGCAGCUUUUAUAUGUUUACAACCACAGAGACGACAGUGAUCGUCCUCGAUUACAUAUUGAUUUGUUUGUAAGUCAGUUAGGUAGUAACUCUGUCACUUUGUCACUCUGUUUUCACUUUGCGGCGACCUCGCUUCUCCACAGGCCUUGUGUUAAAUCGUCUGAACAAAUUUAAAUACCUGUUUGCUUCUGCAGCUUUUAGUCAUUAACGACCUGCAGCAUUUAAAUUAAUUCCUGUAAAUUCUGCUCAACAAAGCUGCUUUUGGGGGAUUUUUAUACCAGCUGAAGUGCGGCCGACAAAUCAUGUUUCUAUUAAUUGAUUGUGCACUCUGUUUCCUGUUUAUCAAUAAUCUGAAGGUGUACGAUUAGUAAUUUUCCUCCUCACGUGGAUGUGAAGACGUCUGUGAGGCUCAGACUCGGAUAGCAGCUGGUGUUUUUGUUGUGGUUGAACUUGACUUCUUUGUUCAGAAUGAAAUGUCUUUAUUGGGUUUCUGCAGAUCUUUGGACACUAAACUCAUCACACUACUGGUACAACGGUCCUUCACAUCUGGAAACACUUAAAGAAUAAAACAUUCAAAGUUCCUGUUGAAAAUUUCAAUAUGUAUAAAAUGUAAACUGAAAUAAUAGAAAAAAUAAACAUCUUUUUGUCAUUUUUUA